AUGUCCUCGUCACCGUCAACAAUCACCAAGGUGAAUAAGCCUUAUCCCUUUUGGUUAGGAGGUGUAGCAGCUUCCAUAGCGGCGAGUAUAACUCAUCCACUGGAUCUGACCAAGGUCCGUCUACAAACGAGUGGUGAUAAAGGGAUGAUCCAAUCUCUCAAGAAGACCGUACAUAACAAUGGAACAAGAGGGUUGUUUGACGGACUAACAGGAACAUUACUUCGACAAAUGACUUAUUCAAUGACUAGGUUCGCAGCUUAUGAUUGGGCUAAAGCGGAGGUACAUAAAGGUCCCGGUCCACCACCAGCAUGGAAAAUGGCUUUAGCAGGAUCGAUAGCUGGCGGUAUAGCAGGGGUGGUUGGAACACCGUUCGAGACGUUGAUGGUGAGGAUGCAAGCGGAUAAGGCGAAACCUGUCGAGCACAGGUAUAACUACCGUAACUCUGUUCAAGGAUUCUAUCGAAUGACGUCCGAAGAAGGUAUUUCAAGUUGGACGAGAGGGAUGGGUCCGAACACGUUCAGGAGUAUAUUGAUGAACAUGAGUCAGCUUGCUAGUUACGAUUGGUUCAAGCAUGAGUUGAUAAAUACCAAAGUCUUGGAAGAUGGUCCGGUAUUGCAUUUCUUAGCUUCUUUAGGUGCUGGUACAGUCGCUACGACCGUCUGUUCACCUGCCGAUGUGAUCAAAUCUAGGAUUAUGACUGCUCAUGGAAAGGGCACAUCGAGCACGAUGGGUGUGAUCAAACAAUCUCUGGCAAGGGAAGGUGCGAUGUUCAUGUUCAAAGGUUGGGUACCGGCUUGGACGAGAUUACAACCUACUUUCUUGACUCUCGAACAACUGAAGAAAGGAGUCGAUGUCUACCGAAAAGCAGGAGGUCAAUUGCUGUAG